AUGUUCACCCUGCCAAAAAGAGAUUAUUAUUAUUCGUUAGUGCCGGAUAUCGGUUGGCCACAGGAUGAGCUACCUCCAAUGGCACCUCAGGACUCGAUACCAAAAAUUGUAAACUAUCUAUUUAGCCAUGUUGUUGUAAGUCAUCCUUUCUGUAAUAUUUGUUUUUUUAGGUAAUUCCAAAUAGAUUGGCGUUAAAGACCCUUGAAGGUAUGUGUAAGCGAAUUCAGAGCGAUGAACAGACCCGAGAUACUCAACUAAACAACCUGAUCAACCAUGUGACGUUGCAGAAUCGAUUGUCUUCGCCUUGUAUUAAUGUCCGAAAGACGCGAGAUGGACGGAUCCAGGUGAAUUGGAACGUUUCUGUAAGCUAUUUUACAGGUUGGAGGAGCCAAAUACCACAUGUCCACAGUUCUUAUCCGAUUAUUUUGUUAUCCAGGAGUGGAAAAAGAGAAUCUAAUAGAAAGCGAGGAACAUUCGAGAAUUCAAGGGACAAAUGUAAGAGAAUAGCGCGCAAUACAUACGAAUCAUAGUAUAUAUGCGUGAACCCCGAUCAUUAUUCCGUGAGAGAUUACAGCCAACCAGUCUACCCAGUCUCCGUAGAUUAUUCCAUCAAAAAACGUCCUCGAUUUCCUUGA